UUAUAAAUUUUUAUCAUUUCAUUGUGAACCCCAUGCCUUGUCUAACUUUGCUUCUUUAAUAUUUCCUUCCCAUUUUUAUUAAGUAUAUAAAAUAAUAAAAUGAUGACAACAAUAUUUUUCAUGUUUGAAAAAAUUAUGGCUACGCAGGUUACACUCCUUUGGACCGUAUCAUUCUGGUUUGUGGGAUCUUGGAUGAUUCCAUUUGGAGCUCACAUCAUUGGCUUCAGCAAGGUAUCACUAACUUACAGAGGGCAGGCACUGUUUAGCCUUCUGACAGAUGUAACUGAAGGGCUUGCUGGAAUUUUAAUUCUUCAUCGGUGUUUGUCUCGGUUCCGUCCCCUGCCAUCUAAUUGGUUUAGAUUUAGCCUUAAAGGAAACUGGCUUUUCGACGUUGUUCUUGGAUGCUUGAUGUUUCCAUUGGUCAAUUGUCUUUCUCAAUUCAACCUAAAUCUUCUUCCAGUUUUGCCUUCGACUCCUGUCACACUCUCUAGUGUAGAGCAAUCAAUAGUGGCUCGAGAUCCGAUUGCAAUGGCACUUUAUGCACUGGUACUUGUUGUUUGUGCUCCUUUGUGGGAGGAAAUUGUCUUCCGAGGCUUCCUUCUUCCUUCUUUGACUAAAUACAUGCCCGUGUGGGGCUCUAUAUUGAUGAGUUCAAUCGGCUUUGCUUUGGCACACUUUAAUGUACAGAGGAUGUUACCACUUAUUUUUCUUGGGGUUGUGAUGGGUGUAACUUAUGCAAGAUCAAGGAAUCUACUGCCAUCCAUUCUCUUGCAUAGCCUGUGGAAUGGCUUUGUAUUCUUAGAUUUGAUGAAAUAAAAUCUCAAUUCUUA